AUGCACCGCCAGGGAGCUCUUAUUUGGACAGCUUCGACCAGGAUGUCAAUGUCCGAAUGGGCAUGUCAGGGCAAGACAUUGGGCUUCCUAUCAUUUCUCCCGCCACAUAUUCAAGCUCGCUGGCCACCAGAUCAGCAAAUGUACGAGUUGACAACAGCGACGAACCCAGCAGCAAUGAACGUGAUGCUAAGUGGCCAGUUUCUCCAGGAACAUUUCGGUCCGAGCGUGGAGGCCAAGGCCCACCGUAAAGUGUUUGAGCUUCGGGCGGCUUAUGACCGAGCUUUGACGGAGGUGGAUAUUCUUGUGACACCCUGCGCCCCCACAAUCGCUAUGCCACAUCCGAAAAUGCAGUGUGAUGCCGAGGGGUCUAGCUCCAGCGUUAUGGACAAGGUGUCGGUCGCUGUUGGGGUGACUACCAGUACAGCACCAUUCAAUGUCACUGGAUAUCCGGCUCUGAAUGUACCCUGUGGGUUAGGUUGGGAUUCAAAUCAUGCGGAGAUAAAAUUGCCGAUUGGGAUGCAGCUUGUUGGAAGAAGGUGGGAAGAUGCGAUGGUUCUCAAGGCAGCAGCGGUAUUUGAGGCUGGAAGGAAAAAAGCACCAAACUGUCAAUAA